UCAAUUCCGACGCCAUCGUCGCUUUACGCGAACGACUGUUCCGUUCUAGAAGUCUCCCCCCUCUCCUGGCAGCAGUAUGUCGUCGCCAUUAAUCAAAGCAAACUAACUAUCCGAGGCAGAAGAGAAGCGAGGAAAAGGGAGGGACCCCGAGGGAGGGAGGAAGGGAGGCACAAGGGAAUCCCAUAUCUGGAAAGGCCAUUUGGAUCCCUGGCUCCAGAUAGAAAUAAAGGAAACGAGGUCUGAUUUCUUCCAGCGCGGCGGCAGCGCAUCCAUCCUCGCUCCCCGUCCUCCUCCUCCGAACAACCCGCCGCGCCCCCUCCCACCCUCGUUAUUAGUUUUUUUAUUAGUUCUCCCAUUCGGCACCUCGCAUUCCGCCAUCUCUCUCUCUCUCCCUUCCCUUCCUCUGCUGCCGGGGAGGCGGAGGAGAGGAAAGAGGCGAAGGGCGCACCAGGAAGGAGGAGGACCAGGAGGAGGGACAACGGGAGCAAUCCUCUUGCUGGCGGAGUUCUCUCCCCUCCUUCUUGGCUCCGAUUCCGGGUGCCAUAAAUCGAGCGCCGCCGGCGGCCACCGGCAGCCAUGUCGCCCUUCUACCUUGCUCGCAGUGCUUCCAAGCUAGUGAGGAGGAUCACCUCGGAGGUAUCGGUCGAGCUCAAGAUCCUCUCUGAGAAAUGGCGCCUUCUUCUCGCAGGCCUCGUUUUCCAGUACAUUCAUGGUUUGGCCGCUCGAGGGGUACAUUAUUUGCACCAGCCAGGGCCUACCCUUCAAGAUCUAGGCUUCAUGAUUCUUCCGGAACUUGGAAAAGAAAGGGGUUACAUCAGUGAGACAUUGUUUACGUUCAUAUUCCUCUCCUUUGUAUUGUGGACAUUUCAUCCUUUCAUCCUUCAUACCAAGCGCUUCUACACUGUUCUGAUAUGGCGCAGGGUGCUUGCCUUCUUAUGUGCUUCUCAAUUUCUACGGAUAAUAACAUUCUAUUCCACACAGCUUCCAGGACCCAAUUAUCAUUGUCGCGAGGGCUCACCUCUGGCCAGAUUACCACCACCCCAGAAUGCAGCAGAGGUUCUUCUGAUUAAUUUCCCACGGGGAGUGAUAUAUGGCUGUGGUGACUUGAUAUUUUCAUCCCACAUGAUUUUUACUCUAGUCUUUGUCAUAACAUACCAGAAGUAUGGAAGUAUAAGGUUUGUUAAGAUGAUUGCAUGGUGCAUAGCUAUUGCUCAAAGUCUUCUUAUUAUUUCUUCUCGCAAGCAUUACAGUGUUGAUGUUGUUGUUGCAUGGUAUACCGUGAAUAUGGUUGUUUUCUUUGUGGAUAAGAAGCUUACAGAACUUCCCGAUCGAUCAGCAGGGUCUGCAUCAAUACUGCCUGUGAGUGUGAAGGACAAAGAUACCAAGUUGAAAGAAGAGAACACGAGAUUGCUGAAUGGUAACUCUGCUGAUUCAGCUGAUCGGAGACCACGGACACAGAUGAAUGGGAAGCACAUUGAGAAUGAAAGCCAUGUUGAUAAUGAAAGUGUGAAAACAUGAUGAACGCUAAUGGAACAAGUUUUUGUUAGUUGAAAAACGCUAAUGGAUGCCAUGGGCAUUGGUGCCUAGCUUCUUGAUGGCUUCAUGACAUAGCUAUGAAGGAUAUAGUUUUAGACCUCACGAUCCUAGGCGAAACGAAUUCUGUUUGUAAAACUGUAUAUGUGUCUAUCUCAGCUGUCUCAUUGUGACCCACAAUUUUUUUUCUCGUUCCUUUUUUUUUCCAGAUUGGAAUUCCGAUUAUCUUAUGCAAAUUGUGUAUAGUUAGUACAGCCCUGAGAUUCAUUGCAAGUGUAAUCACCUGGACAAUAUGAUAUUGUCUUGGUUAAGUACCUACUUCUGAAACACAUGGCUCGUGAGUUCA